AUGUUGGAUGAUUUUUUGUUGGUAGGACCACCUUCCUACUCUAUAUGUGAGAAACAAUUAUGCAUACUUCUUAACACUUUUGACCACAUCGGCAUUCCAAUGAAACAAGAUAAAACAGUAUUUCCAACAACCACCAUCACAUUUCUUGGAUUGGAAUUGGACACGGAUAACAUGAUUAUACGUCUCCCAGAAGAAAAACUUUCCAAGAUACGUAAAGAAAUUUUCAAUGCAAAGUGUCGGAAAAAGAUGACUCUACAAGAAAUUCAAUCAUUGAUUGGGCUAUUAAAUUUUGCCUGUGCAGUAGUUACACCAGGAAGAACAUUCCUCCGCCGGCUCAUUGAUUUGACCAAAGGAUUUAAAAAGCCUCACCAUAAGCGAAGAAUAACAAAAGAUGCAAGAGCAGAUUUAGAGGCAUGGUCAUUGUUUAUUGAACAUUUUAAUGGUUCAUCAUUUUUUUUGGAUGAUAAGCUUCAAACAUCAGAAACACUGCAAUUGUAUACGGAUGCAAGUGGCUUAGGACAUGGAGGGGUGUUUGGAAAACAAUGGUUUUACGGAGAAUGGACGACCGAAUGGACUAAACAUCAUAUAUCUGUAAAAGAACUUUUCCCAAUUGUUGUGGCUGUUCAUUUAUGGGGAAAUCAAAUGGCUAAUAAGAGAAUCUGUUUCUUUUCAGAUAAUAUGGCAGUUGUUUACGUUAUUAAUAAACAAAGUGCAAAGGACCAGUCUAUUAUGAAUUUAUUGCGUCGUCUCAUUGUUCAGUGUUUGAAAUUCAACAUUCUAUUUUAUGCUAAACAUGUGCCAGGUGUCAAAAACAUAUUAAGUGACAAAUUGUCUCGAUUGCAGAUUCAACAGUUCCGGGAACUGGCUCCACACAUGGACAAGUCUCCAUUGGAGAUCCCAUCAGAAAUAUACAAAAUCUGA